AUGGAAAUCCCUGUAAACCCACAACGAGAACAACAACUCUUUUUUUCGCAACGUCUCCCGAUCGUUCCGUUCACUCUUAUAAUAGCCGAGCUCGUGAUCUGUGGUUCGGGUCUGGGGAUUUUAUCACGUCGGGACUCGAGAAAUCGGCCACUGAGCGAACAGAGCGAGAGGUUCUUGAAUUACUUCAAGAUAUCUGUUCAGGAUAUAGCUGUCGGCGCUGAAAUCCAACAAAAGUUGGUGCGAGAUCCACCAAUUAAGACGAGAGCGAACGAGAUGAGUAUUAGUUUCUUUUCAAGGCAAUUAAUUCCACUUUGGAGGAUUAAAAUUAAUUCACCUCGCACUCCAACCACUCAAUCACCUCCAUACUCCGACGCAAUCUUUCACACCCUAAACUCCCGCGUUCUACUCCAAGGCGGAAGAAGGAAUCGCAUGGAUACCCUUCGUACAAAGCUCAAAAACAUAUCUACGCAACUUCAAAAUUCUCACCCUUGUGAGAAUCUUCUUUGCCCUACCUGUCAACGGCUCACGCAGACUCUGCAACCGGGAUUUCUCCAGCAGAUGUUCGGCAUUCUUGGCGGUCCACACCGCAAAAUUGGCGUGGCCUCCCUCCAUUUCUGCGUUGUUUUCGGUGAUCCGCGUGUUUAUGUCGGCAAUGAGGACAUCGAAUUGACGUUUGCGGGUGAUGCUAGUGUCGUUGGCAAUCUCGGUCUCAAGCCUUCUGAUUUUGAGGUCGAUAUAGGCAGCAUAUGCAAUUCUGAACAAAGGAGACAUGGUGGAUGCUGUGUGCAAAGAGUAUUCAAGUGA